CACAUACAUGUUCUUCCUGUGCCUUGCCGUCCUUCUUUGCACCCCUAUCCUUCGUCUACGUCAGUCCAUGCUCGAGACCUUCCAUAGUGCCAGGGCAGAGCGAAUCUGCUCACCAUGACCGUCAAGGCUGGGCCCCUCCAAGCUCGCGAGUAUCAAAAGCAGCUCUUCGCGAAAGCCCUCACCAGCAAUGUCAUCGCAUGUGUGGAGACGGGCAGCGGCAAGACACUUGUCGCUGCUCUACUCCUCGAGCAUAUGUAUAGUCAGGAAGUGGCUCGCACCAGGGGCUCAUCUGAUCACAGGAAGAGGCGCAAGCUAUCACUUUUCCUUGUCAAUCUGGUUCCCCUCGUCCACCAGCAGGCAGCUUUUCUCGAUGCCAAUACGAGCCUCAGAGUCGCCUUACUGUAUGGAGAAUUGGAAGCUGACACAAGUAGCAGAAGCUAUUGGGAUGCCCUCCUUGACGGAGAGACGGCAGUCGUUGUCUGCACCGCCAGAAUCGCGCUCAAUUCUAUCAUUCAUGCGUAUCUCUCCCUAGAGGACGUAAAUCUCGUCGUAUUCGAUGAAGCACAUCAUGCCAUCGGCAACAAUGAAUACGCACGUAUUAUGUCUUACUACCGUCUGGUACACCCCGAAGAACGUCCCAAGAUCCUUGGCAUGACUGCGAGUCCACUUUCUUCUGCUGGCACCUUCAACCUAGCAUCUACUGAGCUCGAAAAAGUCCUUGACGCGUCUAUAUUCACUGUGCCUCUGUCGGCCAAGGAGGAGCUGGAGGCGUUUGUCAGUCGCCCUACAGAGCUGAUCGUAGAAUACUCGUCCCAAAGGCUGUGGACGAGCAGCAUUCGAGAGCCAGCGAUACUGGAAGCGCACAUCUUGAAGAGGAUGCCUACAUCUGACGACUUCCAGAAGAUCUUGGAAAGGAUGUCUUGGUACUGGGAGGAGCACGGCAGCUACUUCAGCGAUUUGGCUUGGCUAGCUUCGAAGAGGGAGCUCCGCUCGAGAACGAAGCGUAAGAGCUAUCAUGCCAAGAGGCUCAUGGCCGAAAACCUAGUCAACGAAGAAACUACGAAAGCAGUGUUACGAUUGAAAGAGGGGGCACGAGUCAGCCACCAGAUAGGAGAAAUCUUAGACGACAUAGAAUAUGUUGAUCACAUAGCAUUGACUGAAGAGAACUCGAGCCCUAAGCUGAGGAAGCUCAUCGACACUUUGGCCUGCUUCGAGAGCCAAGCCGACAGUUUCUGUGGUAUCAUUUUCUGCAACCGCCGCCUGUCGGCUCUAGCUUUGCGGAUGCUGAUACAGAAGACGCCUCGACUGUCCUUCUUGCAUCCCGAGGCAUUGAUCGGGCACGGAGGACAGGCAAAUGCUGCGGGCACUGAAGGGAUGUCUUGGGAGGAACAAUGCGAGAUUCUCAGUCGGCUCCGGCGUCGGGCUCCUACCAACCUGGUCAUCGCCACAAGCGUCUUAGAGGAAGGCCUCGACAUCAUGCCCGUCAAUUGUGUCAUCCGCUUCGACCUGCCGGAUCAUCAUGUCGGAUACGUCCAGAGUCGGGGCAGGGCACGGUCAUCGGAGUCGACAUAUAUUCUCCUUGCCGAAGAGAACAAUCUAGACCAUGCGCAGCUUCUUUCUAGGAUAGGGCACGCAGAGCGGCAGAUGCGUGAUUGGCUGGCCGCACUUCCAGAGGAUCGCCUCGCCACAGUAGGAGAGCACGAAGACGACUCCGCCGGGGCGGCUUCGGACGAAACGGCCGCCAUGAUGGGGCAGUCUUAUUGUGACGAGAGAACAGGGGCACGUAUCUGGCCGGUCGAUGCAACCUCGCUUCUGAGUCGCUACGUGGCUGUGCUCAAGACUGACGAGUACUGUCCAGAUGGGCCAGUAUACGAGCUUGAAGGAACAGAGCUAGCUUGGAAGGUCAGUGUGAGGCUCCCCGCUAGCUCUCGUUUGUCAGGACACACCGGACCAUUCAUGCGCUCCAAGGCUGCAGCAAAAAGUGCUGCCGCCUUUGAGACCUGUGUCAAGCUUCAUCAACUGGACGAACUCGAUGAACAUCUAUCUCCUCGCAAGAAGACAAAAAUCUCAAAGGAGCCUACCAUGGCUCUCGUCGGCGAUUUCUCUGGUAUGGGCGAAGGCGUCGAGGGAGGCAGCGAGAACACACUGUCCUUCUUCCCGGCAAUUCCUGUGGCUUUUCGCCUGCCAGCAAUCCCGAAGAGCGCUCCCACCCCUCUGCAAGUCUUUGUGCAUGUGGUCAACUUCCCUGGCCUAAAUGCCGUUGGAGGACCAAUGGAGCCAAUAGCACUUGUCACGGCAACACACAUUUCGCAGGCAGGCAUGUGCGAUAUUGUUUUGACCGAGUACCAAGGGUCUAAGGACGUCAGAGUACCGCCUCUAUCUGAACCAAUCUUCCUGGAGCUCACAAACGACCAGCUUGAACUCGCACGGGCAUACACCCUGGGACUGCUGGCGCUGAUUGCGCGCCGCGAGUACGAGUGUGAUGCUCUGCCAUAUCUGUUGCUACCUCUGGCCAGAGGCACAGCUGAUCGUUCGCCAGCUAUCGACUGGACUGUCAUCCACCGCACACUGGGUGCCUCUUCUGACGUACAGCCCAUGGCAUUGCAUCGUCUCGACGAGGAGGGGUAUCUGGAUGACCUCCUGCUGCUCGACAGUCCUCACUGUGUCGGGCAGGCGCGGCCCUAUCGCUGCCUGCAGAUCGACCAAACGCAGACGCCCUACAGUCGAAUCAAAGCUUGUCCAUCGAACGGGUUGCGUGAAGAUGCCGACGACAGCGCAAGUCUGGCACCUGCUACCUCGUACUGGGAGUACUAUCAGAGCCUCCCCGGCCGGCGCAAGGCGACAGGAAGUCCUCCGCGUAGCGACCAGCCUAUGCUAGCGGUCAGGAGACUGCCUCGACGCCUUGAGAACUUCCUGACAACAGCAUACAAGAAGGGCCGUCAGCACCGAGGAGACAAUUCCUUCCUGAUCCCUGAAUUGACCUGGGUCCACUCUUUUGGCGCCAGCAUUUACGAAUCUGCUCUCCUCCUCCCAUCGAUCUUGUGCCGCUUAUCCCAGAUCCUCAUUGCGAAGGACCUCAACGAUCGUGUGUUCAGAGGAGCAUUGGACACCGAUCAGACAGUGAUCGCUAUGACAGGUCCGACCGCUCAGCAUCCUGUGCAUUAUCAGCGACAUGAAUAUCUUGGGGACGCUCUUCUGAAGUCCCACGUGAGUGCCUACGUCUUUGCAAUUUCGGACCAGCGAGUCGAAGGGCAGCUGCAUCUUCACCGUCGGGAGAUCGUAUCAAAUAUCAAUCUGAUCGAGAAGAGCAAGCAUCUUGAGCUCGGCACCAUGCUCUAUACUCGAUCCUUCACUCGUAAGAAUUGGACGCCGCCCCUCUGUCGCAUCAAAGGCCGUACUGUGCACACUGGGGACAUCGUGCAACACAUCUCCCCCAAGAUGGUUGCUGACGUGGUCGAGAGUGUCAUCGGCGCUGCGGUGCUGACCAGCGAACGACCACUGCUCCGAUCUUCUCAAGUGAGCUACGUCGGUACACCUUUGUGCAUGAAUGUGGACCUGGGACUGCAGGCCAUAGUUGACUUUGGACUCUUGCCGCCUCACUGCAAUACCUUCGAGAAGGUGAGAAAGCUCUGGACUGAUCAGGUCUGGCCGAAGCGUAUCGCAGAAAAGUGGGACCAGCGCUUGCAUGCCGGCGCCUUGCGUAAUCUGGAGACGCAGAUUGGGUACAGAUUCAACACCCCUCACCUGGCAUUGGAGAGUAUGACGCACGCAAGUCACCUGUCAUCCCUCCUUCCCUCCUACCAGAGGCUGGAGUUCUUGGGCGAUGCUCUGCUCGACUUUAUGAUCAACUGUUGGCUCUUCCAGAAGUACCCAGACAUCAACGAAGGUCAAUUGACGACUCUGAAGGAUCUGGCAGUCUGCAAUCAGGCGCUCUGUGCCCUCAGUGUCUACUUGAAGCUACACAAAUUCCUGCAGAUGGGCCUUCAGGCCCCGUUUGCAGCUGCCCUGUCGGACCUGACCACGGAUCUUAGCAUCACAAGGAAGGCGACAGAUGCUUGGCUAGACCGAGACGUAGAAGCGAACGAUAGCAAAGCUGAAACGCCGGACGAGUCAUCGGAUCCUUACGCUUCGCCUUCACCUCCACUCCAGCAGGGUAGCAAAGGGGCCAAAGAGCCACCCCUCAUCCACUACUGGGCAGACGUCCGAGAGAUCAAAGCGCUGGCUGACCUGGUCGAGUCUCUCCUUGGAGCCGUCUUUGUCGACUCGGGCUUCAGCAUGGAGGCCACCUGGACCUUCUUUUCCCGAUUUUAUCUUCCUUGGUUCGAGCGCUACUGCUGCUACGAUGCCUUCCUGCAGCGAACACGUCACGAUCGUAUGAAGAGCCAGGCUGGGGCUGAGAAGCUCUCGCCUGUGAUUAGAGCCAGAAGAGAAAAGGUUAAAGAGAAGCAAGUCCGUGUGGAUGAGCUCAGACAAGACGAAGAAGGAGGAGGUGAUGACAUGGACGAUGAUUCAGACGACGACAUGGGCCUGGAAGGUUGACGAGCCCGAUACGACACUGAGAGAGAAAGUUGUUUUGCAUCUCUUUCUGCCUUGCCCUCUGAUACCAUGAACAAUGAGAUGCCCCUUGACA